AUGCUGUUUCGUGGAAAGAGUUUUUGUGCACUGGUAACAUUUGUUACCUACUGGCUUGUGCUUAUUUCGGAAACGGAGAGCUUUCCCGAUGGUGCCCCGGCGGAUACCUGUGUGAAAAGUCGUACCAACCAGCCAAAUCACGGUGCGGCCCGUAGUCAAAAUUUAGCCACGUUGCCAUAUCAAUUGACUGCAAGCGGCAGCCAGUACGGUCCCGGUACUCAGAUACAGGUUACGAUACAUGGCCAUCAGGAUGUUUUCCGUGGAUUCUUUCUGCAAGCUCGUGAUGGCCAGACUAAUGAAUGGAUCGGUUCGUGGUACGAGACCCCGAACACGAAGACUAUCCCGGAGUGUUCCUCGGUGACACACGCAGACAAUCGGGACAAGGAACAGGCCACCUUUGUCUGGCAGGCUCCAAAGGAUCGUCAGGGUCAGGUAUACUUUACUGGCACGGUUGUGAAGAACUAUGGCACAUUUUGGUCCAGUAUUGUAGCUUCUGCACCAGGAGCUUAA